AUGCAACAACUUGACCUUGAACUUUCACCCGCUGAUAAUUAUUUGACGGCUUUCUACGGUCAACAAGAACAGUUUUCAUGGGAUUCUAAAUUCUCCAAAAAAGACACGCUCAGUCACUGUUACGUCAGCGGUUAUUGGCAAGUAUGGACAUCCGGGAGAGUAAAAGAAAAUGCAUUUCCUUUGUUUUCAUGGCAGCCCUACCCCUUGCAAGUUGAGUUUUCGUUACGUUUCCACGAAUGGAGUACGGGCAGCCAGAUCGUAGCUAUGCAGGAACUGGUCAGUGAAACAAGAUGGAUGAAUUUGGACUAUUUUGGACUGAUUUAUCGACCGUGCGAGAAAAAACUUUGA